UCUACAGAGUAGAGUACUGGUCACUGUCAGCACUCUCUAUUUAUAAACACACUGCAUGCAUAUCUGUUAUGGAAUCUAAAAACAUUGAGUCCUUCAUGGCAGCUUCACCGUUGAGACGGCGGCGACAGGUGGCUCCACCAUUAAUAUCUCCCAAGAAAGAGCCUCAUGAAACAGCUGCGAAACCACCCAUUAUCAAAGUCACACUACCCACCCCAACACUGAAACCUUCAGUACCACCACCACCACAGCCUUCACCCCCACCGCAUAAUGGAGGAGGUAGGAGGAUAAGACUGCCGGCAGUAUGCGCCGCCAGAGUCUUCCAGCUUACUCGUGAACUCGGUCACAAAACUGAUGGUGAAACUAUUCAGUGGCUCUUACAACGUGCUCCACCGUCCAUCAUCUCCACCAUUACUGGCACUGAAGAUAAUAAUAAUCCUUUAACACGGAAACGCAAAAUUUGCAGUAACGUUGUUAAACAAAAGGAUAACCAUCCGUUUACAACAAAACUACCCAACAAUGUGGCAACAGUUUUAGCUCCGGUGAUGCCGAUAGUAAUGUUGGCCGUUCCGGCAAGUAUGGCGGCGGCACCAUCAACGGUUUGGUUAGUUCCGCAAACAGCAUUGAUGCCAUUAACAAGGCAAAGUGCUGGUGUUAGUGUUAGCCCAGCUGUUGCUUUAUUGGAUAUUUCAAGUGCGUCAGUCAUCUCAAAAUAAGAAUAGCUUUAGCUUAUUUCACUCUGCCAAAAGAAUAAUAAAGCUAAGAUCUAGUUUACUAAAUCCCAUUUAUUAUUAGAUGUAUUUUUAAGAAUUGGGCAUAAGAAGCAGCUAGUUUUCUAUAAUAUAAAAGCAGAUGGAAACAAA